GGUGAAGCAGAUUAUUAUUUUUUUUUUUUCGGAAAACACCCGAGCUGAAGCGGGGGUUAACGUUAGUGUACCAUGUAGUGUACUCGUCGAGGCUACUUUCCAUGAGCCUUUUUAAAAAUAAUGAUAUCUAGGCAGAGGUUUAAUUUACUCGGCGGCUGUGUUUACGGCAGGCUAAGGGCACCCACAUCUGCCUAAAGGGAAUAACGCUAGCACUCAAAGGAUACGGAAUCGGGCUUUACACACGGCCAUGUGAGGAGGGACUAAGGAAGGCCAAAAUGCAAAAAGCUGUCCAGUCCAGAGAAAUGAUGGAGACAGAGGGAGUCAUACAAACAUCUCCUUAUUUGAUCCAAUGUUAAUAAUUCAACAACUUUGACAUGGGGCACACUGCUGUGGAGUACAACGGUGGAGAGGAGCUGCUAAAACAUUUGUCACAUAUGUAAAGCUGAAUGAGGAACAAGAGGUGCACACUCUUUGGAUUACGUUAAAAAAAAAAAAAAAAAAAAAGAGUAGGCGUGCUCAAUCUGUGCAUAUGACAGAGGACUAACUGAGUGAAAAGGCAGCAUUAGAUGGAGUGACCACAGACGCAGCUAUGCAAGAAGAUAUCUCUCCAGUGUACAGGUUCUGACAAUCAACACACAACUGUGAUUCAUGCCAUGUGUGCUCUCAAGGGAAAAAGGUGGUUACUCAGCAGAAGACAAACAAGCAGAUGAUGUAUACCUGAGAGUUCUUAGGGUUUGGUCUACUCCUGUAGGACGACAAACGGCUUUCCAUUUUUUUUUUAUUAAAGGAGAAGGCGGGAAGCAGAUCUUAGAGCGUUCACCAUGCCCAGGAACCGAGCCUUUUCCGAGCCAGAAUACUCGGCGGAGUAUUCGGCAGACUGCUCGGUGACGCUGCCCUCUGACCCCGGGCAGGCAGUUGGGCGAACAAACGAGGUCACGGUUCGGAGCUCAGGAUGUUGCCUCUGCCUGCCGCGGUUCAUGCGCCUCACCUUUGCGCCCGACUCUCUGGAGAACCUCUACCAGACCUACUUCAGACGGCAGAGACACGAAACCCUGCUGGUGCUCGUUGUGUUCGCCGCCCUCUUCGACAGCUACAUCAUCAUCAUGUGUACGGUGGUCUACACCACUGACAAGCUGGCUUCUGUUUUAGUGGCAUCAAUGGGACUGGCAGCAGAUGUUAUCCUCUACUUGCUGUGUCGCUUUGGGCUGCUGCCAGACCGCAUCUCGAGACGGGUGGUGCCCUAUGCCCUGUGGGUGCUCAUAGCAGCUCAGAUAUUCUGCUACCUGGGUCUGAACUAUGCUCGCUUCCACCAGGCCAGUGACACGGUGGGCUGGCAGGCUUUCUUCAGCUUCUCUUUUUUUCUGACUCUGCCUUUGAGGCUAACACCAAUCGUACUCAUCACUACUGUAUCCUGCGGGGUCCACACCCUGGUUCUGGGCGUCACUAUCGCCCAGCAGCAGCAGCAGGAGGACAUCCAGGGGGCAGCACUUGGUAGACAGCUGCUGGCCAACAUAGUGAUCUAUGUUUGUGCCAUCACUGUGGGCGUCAUGUCGUACUACAUGGCUGACCGGAAGCAUCGGAAGGCCUUUCUGGAGGCGAGACAGUCACUGGAAGUCAAACUCAACCUGGAGGAGCAGAGUCAGCAACAGGAACGUCUGCUACUCUCCAUCCUUCCAAAGCACAUAGCUGAUGAGAUGCUUCAGGACAUGAAGAAAGAGCCCAGUCAGAAAGAGAUGCAGCAGUUCAACACCAUGUACAUGUACAGACACGAAAACGUCAGUAUUUUGUUUGCAGACAUCGUAGGCUUCACACAACUAUCAUCGUCCUGCAGCGCUCAGGAGCUGGUCAAACUGCUCAAUGAGCUCUUUGCUCGCUUUGACAAACUGGCUGCAAAAUAUCACCAACUGAGGAUCAAGAUCCUGGGAGACUGCUACUACUGCAUCUGUGGGCUGCCGGACUACAGAGAGGACCACGCUGCAUGCUCUAUCAUGAUGGGUCUGGCCAUGGUGGAGGCCAUCUCGUACGUCCGGGAGAAAACUCAGACAGAUGUUGACAUGCGGGUUGGAGUGCACAGUGGUACAGUCCUGGGGGGAGUGCUGGGUCAGAAACGCUGGCAGUAUGACGUCUGGUCCACAGAUGUCACUGUAGCCAACAAAAUGGAGGCUGGAGGGAUACCAGGUCGCGUCCACAUCUCACAGAGCACCAUGGAGUGUCUUCAUGGUGAGUUUGAUGCUGAGCCAGGGAACGGAGGUGACCGCUGUGACUACCUGAGAGAGAGGGGCAUCGAGACCUACCUAGUGGUUGUUCCUAAAGGACCUGUGGGGAAGAAUGGCAUCAAUGGUGUAAAGUUGUCUGUUACCUCUUCCAAUGGAAACUCCCCACUCUUGAUCAACACUACAGAGUGUAACGGCAGUGUUAACACAGCCUGUACCACACCAGAGGAACCUGAAGAACUGGAUACGAGGGUGGUGAAUCCAUCUUUCCCUAACCCUCGGAGAAGGCUGCGACUGCGGGACCUGGCUGAAAGGGUGAUUGAUGCUCAGGAGAAUGAACAGGAGCUCAACAAACUGCUUAACGAGGCUCUGCUGGAGAGAGAGACAGUCCAAGCUCUGAAGGGAAAACACACCAACAGGCUCUCCUUGAGGUUUGUGGAUCCGGACCUGGAGACUUGUUACUCUGUGGAGAAGGAGAAACAGAGCGGAGCUGCCUUCUGCUGCUCCUGUGUGGUCCUGCUCUUUACUGCAGCUAUGGAGGCCCUCAUAGACCCCUGGCUGAUUGCAAACUACAUCACCUUUGCAGUGGGAGAAGUCAUCCUGCUCAUCCUGACAAUCUGUUCUCUGGCCGCCAUCUUCCCUAGAGUCUUUCCCAAGAAGCUGGUGUCUUUCUCCACCUGGAUCGACCACACCCGCUGGGCUCGUAACACCUGGGCCAUGGCUGCCAUCUUCAUCCUCACCAUGGCAGACAUCACGGACAUGCUGAGUUGUCUGCCUCGAGCCCCAGACUCAGGCAGCACCACAGUGGCUCCCUCCUCUUCGUCUUCCUCCUCUUCCUCCUCUUCCUCUUCCUGGUCUAGCCCUGACGGUUGCCUGGACAACCCUAAAUAUUACAGCUACAUCGCUGUGCUGGCACUGAUGGCCACCACCAUGCUGGUUCAAGUCAGUCACAUGGUCAAGCUCACACUGAUGCUGCUCAUCACAGUGGCCACUGGCAUUGUUAACAUCUACAGCUGGAGGGACAUCUUCGACCACUAUGACAUGGCCCGCUUCCAGGACUACAGUUCAAAGCUGGUGCCCUCCAAGUUCACAAUGACAAUUAUGAUCUUCAUUAUGAUGGUCAGCUUCUAUUAUUUCUCCCGACAUGUGGAGAAGCUCGCCCGCACCCUUUUCCUGUGGAAGAUUGAGGUCCAUGAGCAGAAGGAGAAAGUGUAUGAGAUGAGGCGCUGGAAUGAAGCACUGGUGACCAACAUGCUACCUGAACAUGUUGCUCGACACUUCCUGGGCUCCAAGAAAAGGGAUGAGGAGUUGUACAGCCAGUCCUACGAUGAGAUUGGAGUCAUGUUUGCCUCAAUUCCCAACUUCUCUGACUUCUACACAGAGGAGAGCAUCAAUAAUGGAGGGAUUGAAUGCUUACGGUUCCUUAAUGAGAUAAUCUCAGACUUUGACAGUCUGCUGGAUGAGCCUCAGUUCCGCUGCAUCACCAAAAUCAAAACCAUCGGCAGUACCUACAUGGCAGCAUCAGGUGUCACCCCAGACGUCAGUAACGGCUACAGCUGCAUGAAGAAAGAGGAGCAGUCUGACAGAGAGCGCUGGCAGCACCUGGCAGACCUGGCAGACUUUGCUCUGGCCAUGAAGGUCACACUCAUGAACAUCAACUACCAGUCAUUCAACAACUUCAUGCUACGCAUUGGUCUGAAUAAGGGUGGAGUGUUAGCAGGAGUGAUUGGUGCCCGAAAACCCCACUACGAUAUCUGGGGCAACACUGUGAACGUGGCCAGUCGCAUGGAGUCCACAGGGGUUAUGGGAAACAUUCAGGUAGUGGAGGACUGCUACAACAUCCUAAAGGAGUACGGCUUCCGAUUUGUGAGAAGGGGACCCAUCUUUGUGAAGGGGAAAGGGGAACUGCUCACUUAUUUUCUGAAGGGAAGAGACAAACAAGGCUCAUUUAUCAACGGCUCCUCUGUCACCCUGCCACAUCAGGUGGUGGACAGCUAAGGUCCACUCACACACACACACACACAUACACACACACACACACACACUCCCCAGCAAUCACAGUUAGUGUGCGAUAAUUGCAGAGGAGAGAGUUUUUGGAAUAAGAAGUAAUUUGUCUAAAAACAGUCCGACACCUGUACUAAAUGUAUACAAGUCACAUUAAAAUACCACUGACACACUUCAUACACACCUGUGACAACACACCACUCAUUACUCAUUAGUGCCUGUGGAAAGAUAUAUGGGCCAGUAGAGAUUGAUUUUAAAUUUUUCAUGUUCAAGUUGAACAACAGACCUUAAAACAUUAAUAACUAGAUAAAUUAAUAAAUUAACGGAAAUGAUUAGAAAUUGAUAGGAUCUAGAUACAGACACUAUGUAAGAUUAAAACAUUACAAAUAAAAAUAAUAAGACUACAUGAAGGCAAGUCUAGACAAGAUAGGCCGGCAGCAGAAAAUCCAAGGUCAAGUGUCCACAUUUCUUUCAUUUAUGGCAGCUGUACAAAAAAAAAAA